AACAUGGAUAAUAAUCUUGACUCUCUUAAGCCUUUUUAAAUAUAUAUUAGACAGAUUAAUAAUUGUUACACGAUAAUGAUUCCCCUCUUUCUUUCUUUCUUCUGUAUACAUCUUCCCUCAUUUGACAUCCCCCGUUUUGCAACAAUGCUUUUUCUUUAUUUAAUGGAGAAGGGGUGGGUGGCAAGGUAGUAAAAACUACAAUUUAGGGACUGCAAUGUUUUUAAAGUUCGUAGUUCCGACUUUCGAAUACAUUAUAAUUUAACAAGGUGUAAUGAUUCUUAUGGUGCUAUUUUGAUAUAAGGGUCCUGGAACAAACUCAAUUUCUUAACGACCAUGACGGCCCCGAACUUAUCACGUGCUGAUUUGUGAUUGCUAAGAGUGGUGGCCUCAACUCCCUUUUUGUGUCUAACCACUGAGAUGUGAAAUCAGCUCUAGCAAUACUAUCUUUGGUUCUAUAGAUGAUACUGGCUCUUUCUUAAUUUAUUAAGGGCAAUCUGGUGGCUUCAUGGUGGAGCAUUAUGAAUAAUGAAGGUAUGGGCAGCUGGAUUUACUACAGCCCUGUUGAAGAAAAGCAGCUCCGCUACAUAUCCUUUGGGUGAUGCAGGGGAGAGAACUGAAUUAGAAAUUGGAAUCACCGGAUCAAAAAUACCACAAAAGGAACCUUUGUUGAUUGAAACCUUACUUUUAUCUGCAUUUGAGAGGCUCUUCUCGUUCCUUCUUAACUUGCCCGAUGUAAACAAGAGGUUGAUGAAGAUUGUUUCUACCCUUUCAAAGAAUCAGCCUCCCUGUCCUCAACUAUAUCUGUAUAGUACAGCGGACAAAGUCAUUCCAUUUCAAGCUGUAGAAUUAUUUAUUGAAGACCAGAGGAGGAUUGGGAAACCAGUAAGCUCUUUUAACUUCGGCUCGUCUCCCCAUGUUGACCAUUAUCGGACUUUUCCUGACGUGUAUACAUCACAGCUUCACAAGUUUUUGAAGGACUGCUUAUUCGUGGUUGGAAAAUUUUAGAAAUAUCCAUAAUGCAGAUUCUCUUGGCUUGACAGUUUAAAGAAUUCUUGGUAGUCACAUCUAUAUUUUGUAGUGAGAAACUUGUAUACAGUGUUAAGCUUUGUAGUAGUUUCUAGUUUACUAUGGUAUAAGAACGUNAU